ACAGCUGUUGUGCGAAGGUUAUGUGUAUCCUGUCAUCAUGUUCGACGAUAAUAUUGAUAAUAAAACAAAAAUAAUUAACGAAAACUUUCGAAAUAAUUUUAAUCAGCUUGACGGUAUGGAUAAAAAGCAUAUAAGAUUUAGAAAUUCUAUGAAUAAUCGAAUUAACGAACGAAUUGAGGGUGUAAUUGAUGAUAAUGAACAAGAAGCUAAGGACUUAAGUAUUGAUAAUAAAGGUGAUGUUUCUUUUUUUACAUUCUUUAAGAAAGAGGUAACGAGGAGUUAUCAUAUAGAAAGUGAUGAAAACAAAUGCUCAGAUGGAAGAGAUAAAAUUUAUUCUUUUCUAAAAAUUCCUGUAGAAGUAGAAAAAUACAUGGCCUAUGGAUUUUGUCAGUGCGCAGAUUCUUUUCUCUAUAUUUAUACAUUUUUACCAAUAAGAUUCUUAAUGGUUAUAUGGGCAAUCAUUACUAGACCUAUAAAACGUUAUUUGCGAAGUAGAAACGACCUUACAAAACAAAAUGAACCAUAUUUAAGUGCUGCAGAAAAAUGUGAUUUUCUCAAGGGCUUAAUUGUAUAUGGUUGUUGGGUAAUAACAAGUAGACUAGACACUUCAAUGAUGUACCAUUUAGUUAAAAGUCAAUCAGUUAUAAAAUUGUAUAUUUUUUACAAUAUGUUGGAAGUUGGAGAUCGUUUAUUUAAUGUCUUUGGUCAGGAUAGCCUAGAUGUCUUAUAUUUGGUUGCUUUAGAAUCUAAAUCAACUUUCAGACCUAGACGUCGUCAAAGACGUUUAGGUAUUAUAGCUCAUACGAUAUUUGCUAUGACUUAUGUCUUAUUACAUACUAUGUUGGUGCUAUUUCAAGUAACAACACUAAAUGUAGCUAUAAACAGUAGCAACAAAGCUCUAUUAACGAUUAUUAUAUCAAAUAACUUUGUUGAACUGAAAGGAUCUGUUUUCAAGAAAUUUGAUAAAAGUAAUUUAUUCCAACUGUCUUGUGCUGAUAUUCGAGAACGAUUCCAUCUAAUUAUUCUUCUGAUUAUUCUAUGCUUACAAACAAUGAAGGAAUAUGCUUGGAAAUAUGACCGUCUAGAAAUGUUAAUACCUGAUUGUUUCAUUCUAAUAGUUUCGGAAUUGACAGUCGAUUGGGUCAAACAUGCAUUUAUUUCUCGUUUUAAUGAGAUUCCAUUGACAGUAUUUAAAGAAUACACAAGAAGUUUUGCUUAUGAUAUGGUGCAGUCACGUCAAGAAAGAACAACGUUAAUUGAUCCAUCAGAUUUGGUUGCAAGACGAUUAGGUUUCAUUCCAUUACCAUUAAGCGUGGCAAUGGGUCGAGCUCUUACUGCGACUCUAAAUCCUACUUCAAAACCAUCAAAUUUCAUUUUAUAUAUCGUAGGAUAUUUAGUUCUUGUUGCAUUACGAGUUCUUAAUAGUAUAAUUGUUCUAGGUAAAGCGUGUAAUUUCAUUAAUUCACAUAUUAAGGAAACAUCAAAAAACACAAAGAAAUCGACAACUUUACUAAAUAGAACACGUAGUGUAGAUAUAAUAAAAGAAAACAUAGAAACUAGUGGAAUGGCUAUGUUUUCAAAUAGUGCUAUUAGUUUAAAUAAUGUUUGCUUAAAUGAUGUAUUUCUAAAUAAUGUUAAAGUGACAAAAAACAUCGAAGAAAUUCCACAUGUAAAGUAUAAAAAUGUCGUAAGAGCUGAAAGUGAACCACUUUUACCUCAGUAAUAUAUACAGUUUAUCUUUUAA